GAGAAGCGAACAACACGAGAAGAGAACCAUUUGAUGGAAGAAAAUAAAAAUAAAAAGCAAGAAAAGACCAAGAAGGAAGCUGCUCAGAAACAGGCUGCUGACACGAAAACCAAAGUGCCAGAGCCAGCUAAGCCCAGCCCCGGUCCCCUCCACCACCCCACCACCAGUGUGACCCUGCCCCAGGCCUCACAUCCCCCCUCCUCCUCCUCUUCAGUCAGAACCAAUGGGAAGCGCACCCCCCCUAGCACCCAGCAAACACCACAGCAGCUGACCCCUCCGCCGCUGUUGUCGUCCUCAGGCCCCCGCUACCCGCCCCGUGAGGUUCCCCCGCGUUUCCGCCAGCAGGAGCACAAGCAGCUACUGAAGAGGGGCCAGCCACUGCCAGCCGGAGCCCUGAGUAGCCUCACCGUGACCCCUGCCUCUGACCCGCUCAUCUCCGGUGCCCCCCCUUCUUCCUCCUCCGCAGGCAAGCGCCACACAGACCUGCCCUUCCAGAGUGGUCUUGGUGCCCAGCAUGAGAAUCCCCACUGGGGAGCCUUACCACCAGUCACUGACCGCAGCAGCAGCACCACCAGUAGUAGCUGGGAUCAAGUGAUCAUCGACGGGAGCGACACCGAGGCCUGGCCCUCCAUCAGUCGCAGCAGCGUCAGCCGACCAGCGAAUCCUCCAGAAUGUGCCACAGCCGCUGACUGUACGAACCCAGAGACCAGCAGCUACAUGAGCAUGGCCGCGGGGGCUACUAGCCAGCAGGCCCACUACCCAUCCUCUCUCAAAGCUAACGUAGCUAACGUAGCAAGCAUGAUGCAGCCUAGCGGUGGCCAGGGAGUUGGAGCCAUCGGCAGCAGGGGCUGGGGCUCCGGACCAGGCCCCAUCCCCAUGGGCCCCACUGAGGGGAGCCAAACCCGACGGCCUUGGGCCCAACCUGGGUCGGAGUGGAGGAGCACCCAGCUGGAAUUCCCAGCCAGCUUUAGCCUGAACCUGAACCCCAACGCCAACCCCUCGGCCUGGCCCGUGCUGGGGCAAGAGGGUUGGAGGUGGCCAGAACCCCGCCUCACUACCACCCAACGGUAUCCUGGGCAAUGGGAGCCUGGGAGGGGACGAGAACAACAGCAGCAGCACCUGGGGAGGAUGAUGAGCCCUGAUGCCCCGUCCUCCAAUAAGAAUGUGUCUUUCAGCAGCAUGGAACACCCCAACCUUAACACUGACGGACAAAACAGCCACCACACUAAGCAGCCCCUCAGCCCCAUCCACGGGCUGCCCGGCUGGGGAGGCCAGUCCCCUACUGAGUCCUCCCAGCUCAACGGAGAUGCAGGGAGCUCUGUCUGGGGCAACGAAGACACAAAGACACCCGCUAACUCCUCCAAGAACUCAGGCUGGGACUCAGCACCCUCCGGAGGCAUGUCCGGCUGGGGCCACUCUGGCAGCGGAGGAGGCGGAAGUGGCAGUGGAGAAGGAGGCUGGGGAGGAGACUGGGGGAAGCACUCCAGUGGUGGAGGAGAGGUCAAAGGAGGCUGGGAUUCCUCAGAUGGCCCAGCCCAGGACCAGCAGGUGAGCUCCUGGGGCCAGCCAACCCCGGCCCCGGCUAGUGAGGGUAGCGGGAGCGGUGGCAGCGAGGGGCGCAUCCAUCGCAGGGAUCAGACUGGCAGCGAGGACGGAGGUCCCCCUCCCCUGCCUCGGCAGGACCUGGACCCCCGUGUGCUCUGCAACACAGGCUGGGGCCAGACGCCCGUCCGCCAGCACACCUCCUGGGAGAUGGAGGAGCAGCGUGCCGCCAACGAUAGGAAGACCAGCGAGAUGAGGGGAGGCGGUGGAGGGGACACAUGGAGGGGCUCCAACAGCCCCUCUUCUGGAUCCCCACCGGACCCCCGGAACGGGGGAGCCAACCCCAGCCUGGGACCAUCUCAGAGGCCAGGCUCAGGGGGCCCCGGAGGCAAGAGUGAGGGCCCUUCAGGCUGGGGAGGCCCUCCACCCUCAAGCUGGGGGGAGCAGCCUGUCAACAAGGCCCCCAACGGUUCCGUCAGUGGCUGGGGGGACCCCAUGGCCCAAGGCCCCAAUACCACAAACAAUGGCCCAAAGAGUGGAGGUCAAUCCUGGGGUGUCCCUGAGGAGAAGUCCUCCCCUACCUGGGACGACGGGCCAGCCAAGACCCAGCAGAACCAACCCCAGAGCUGGGGAGAGGGGCCCAAGUCCUCCUCCCACGGCUGGGGCUCCGGCCACGGAAGUGGAUCCAAUGGAUCCAACGGCUCCAACAGCGGAGAGUGGAGAGAACCGGCCGAGGUGAAGAAGAAUGGGUCCUCCAGCCACAUGUGGGAAGGAGAAGGAGGAAAUGGACGAGGAGGAGGGUGGAAGGACAGCCCCAGAGGGGGUGGAGGAAGUGGGGGCGGCUGGGGGUCGAAGCCUGCCCCUGCUGUUGGUGGCUGGGGGGAGACUCAGAACCAGCAUCCCAACGGCCCAGCACCAGGAUGGGGCUCCAAGCCCCAGGAAUGCCCCAGCGGCCCAGCACCAGGAUGGGGCUCCAAGCCCCAGGAAAGCCCCAGCGGUCAGGCACCAGGAUGGGGCUCCAAGCCCCAGGAAAGCCCCAGCGGCCCAGCACCAGGAUGGGGCUCCAAGCCCCAGGAAAGCCCCAGCGGCCCAGCACCAGGAUGGGGCUCCAAGCCCCAGGAAAGCCCCAGCGGCCCUGCACCAGGAUGGGGCUCCAAGCCCCAGGAAAGCCCCAACGGCCCGGCACCAGGAUGGGGCUCCAAGCCCCAGGAAAGCCCCAACUGCAAUAGUGGAGGAGGUGGACCAGGAGGAGGCAGCAUGGGGUCCUGGGGCGGCCCUGCAUCUGUAAGGCAGAGUUCCAACCCCGGCUGGGGGCCGGGGAGCUCCGGAGCCAAACCCGACCCAGCGAUGGAGCCCACUGGCUGGGAGGAACCCUCUCCUCCCUCCAUCCGCCGCAAGAUGGAGAUCGAUGACGGCACGUCCACCUGGGGAGACCCCAGCGCCUACAACAAGACUGUGAAUAUGUGGGACCGCAACAACCCCACUGGAGGUAACGGUAACCAAGGGAACAACCCCACCCAGCCGCCGACCAGCAAGAGUAGCGGAGGCUUGACCGUCAACAACAGCCACAACAACCACUCCUCCGUCCCCCCUAGCAACAACAAUCACCACCACAUGAACCACCACCACCUGCACCACGGACAGCCCCUGCCACACAGCCAGCACCACGGCAACAACAAUGGAUCCGCCAACACCGCCGCCCCGCACCAGGGCGGAGGACCCCAGGGCAGACCACCUAUGGCCAACCCAGGCUGGGGGGAGCUGCCCAGUGUCCAGCAGCCCAAGCCAGAGCCGGCGUGGGGGGAGCCCGCUGGCCCCUCUCCUGCAGUGGACAAUGGCACCUCUGCCUGGGGCAAACCCCCUGGUGUUCCUGGAGGCUGGGGAGAUGGGGGGCAUGAGCCCAAUGGACCCUACAGGAGGGGAAACAACGGACCCUCUGGACCUACACCCUGCAAGCCAGCCCUCAAAUCUAUGCAAGACGGUUGGGGAGGCGGGAGGGAGGAGGAGAUGGGCAUGUCUUCUGGCCAAUGGGAUGCUGAUGCCGGAGACGUGUGGAACAGCCCCGCCUCCCAGGAGAACAACUCCUCCUGUAACUCGUGGGGCCAGCCACCCAAGAAGGGCCCGCCCAAGGGCAAGAUGGGCAACCAGCCAGACGAAGCCUGGAUCAUGAACCGUCUCAUCAAGCAGCUCACUGACAUGGGUUUCCCGAGGGAUCCUGCUGAGGAGGCUCUGAAGAGCAACAACAUGAACCUGGACCAGGCCAUGAGUGCUUUGUUGGAGAAGAAGACUGAACUGGACAAGCGAGGCAUGGGCAUGUCAGAUUACAACAACGGGAUGAACAAGCCGUUGGGUUGCCGUCCUCAGGCCCUCUCCAAAGACCCCUCCUCGGACCGCAGCCCAUUCCUAGACAAGGACGGUGGUCUGUCAGAUGACGCCCCCCCCUCACCGUUUCUGCCUUCUCCCGUCAGCCUGAAGCUCCCCCUGGUCAACAACCUGCAGCCUGGGCUGACCCUGGGCUCCCCGGGGCUCAACAUGCAGAACUUAAACAACAGACAGAUGCAGAGUGGAAUGUUGGGCAGUAGUGGAGCAGCACUAUCCCGGGCCAUGCAGCAGCCGCCUCCUCAGCCGCCAGUGCCGCCUCUCGGCUCCUCCCAGCCUAGUCUACGCGCUCAAGUGCCUCAGUUUCUCACCCCUCAGGUUCAAGCACAGCUCUUGCAGUUUGCUGCAAAAAACAUUGGUCUGAACCCUGCACUUUUAACCUCACCAAUAAACCCUCAACAAAUGACCCUGUUGUACCAACUUCAGCAACUGCAAAUGGCGUACCAGCGUUUACAAAUCCAGCAGCAGAUGAUGCAAGCUCAGCGCAACGUCUCCGGUCCCAUCAGACAACAAGAGCAGCAAGUUGCACGUACAAUCAAUAACAUGCAGCAGCAGAUCCAACAGCACCAGCGUCAGCUGUACCAGGCCCUGCUGAUGAAGCAGCAGCCCCCCGGCUCUCACUCCUCCUCAGGCCUGCACCCCGGCCAAGGCAAAUCAGCCCUGGACUCAUUCCCAGGCCACCCCCAGGCACCGGGCCUCUCCGACCUGCACACCAAAGAGCCGCAUUCUUCUCCCAGCUCCUACAGCCCCUACCCCCUCUCUGGACUCAAUCCAAACAUGAAUGUAAACUGCAUGGAGGUGGGGGGCCUGUCCAUGAAGGAGCCUCCCCAGCCUCAGUCCCGUCUGUCCCAGUGGACCCACCCCAACUCCAUGGACAGCCUGUCUGGAAACUCAUCCCACAUGGAGGCCAACCUCAAUAAGCACGUGAUGAAACGCUGGGGCCAGGGACCGGGAAAGAGCCCCAAGGACCAGAUCACCAACGGAACGAAUAUCAACUGGCCCCCAGAGUUCUGUCCAGGCGUGCCCUGGAAGGGCCUGCAGAACAUUGACCCUGAGAACGACCCCAACAUGACCCCAGGAAGUGUUCCCAGCGGCCCCACCAUCAACACCAACAUCCAGGACGUCAACCGCUACCUACUCCGUGACCGCAGCGGAGGCUCCUCCCCUCCUUCACCGCCUCAGAACGGUGCUCUGCCCCCCUCCGUGGACUGGCCAGUCAGUGGCUGCUACACUAGCUCUUUCAGUCUGUCCUCCCCGGAUGAGGAGAGUGCAGGUAAACUAUCUGACAUGAAGUCCACCUGGUCCCCGGGGCCCAUCUCCCACCCCUCCCAGGCCUCUCUGUCCCAUGAGCUGUGGAAGGUCCCCCAGGGGCCCCGCAACAACACAGCCCCCUCCAGGCCACCUCCGGGCCUCACCAACCCCGCCAAGCCCUCCUCCACCUGGGGAGGAAACUCCCUGGGCCUGGCCCAAGGCUGGAGCAGCUCAUACACCUCAGAGGGCACCACCUGGAGCACAGACAGCUCCAACAGGACCAGUAGCUGGCUGGUACUGAGGAACCUCACCCCCCAGAUAGACGGCUCCACCCUGCGGACGCUGUGCAUGCAGCACGGCCCCCUCAUCACAUUCCACCUCUUCCUGACCCAGGGAAACGCUGUGGUGCGAUACAGCUCCAAGGAGGAGGCUGCCAAGGCCCAGAAGUCCCUGCACAUGUGUGUGCUGGGGAACACCACCAUCCUGGCAGAGUUUGCCGGGGAGGAGGAGGUGAACCGCUACUUUGCACAAGGCCAGCAGCAGCAGCUUCCGCCCACCACUAGCUGGCAGCCUAACCCCGGCACCAAUCAGACGCGCAUGGGCGGAGGCUCGCAACAGCACGCCAUUGGCCAUCACUGGAGUGGCGGCCUUGGGGGAGGAGCCAAGACCGGUGGAGACCUGCUGUGGGGGGGCGUGCCCCAGUACUCCAGCCUGUGGGGGCCCCCUAGUGGCGAUGAUAGUCGCGGCGUUAUCGGGAGCCCCAACCCCAUUAACACGUUGUUGCCAGGCGACCUGCUGAGUGGAGAGUCCAUGUAGGACAACACACUAACAAACCAACCAUGAGGAUGGAUGUUUCAACGCUGGAACAGACAGUGGAAAAAUAAUAAUAAAUACACAAAAAAAUGACAAUGAACAGGAACAAAACCAAGCAAAUCAUGUGGCGAUAAUCAGUAUCAACGGAACUGUGAAUCGUGUACCGGAAGGCUGGGGGCGACGACACAAGACUGCUGACCCCUACGCUCUUCGUUUUUACGUUUUUUCCCCUCCUU